AUGCUGAUCUCUUUAACAUCUUACGGAAUGUACAACAUAGAUCUAAGAGACAGUAUACGAGAAGGUUACACUGCGCUUGACGCUCCAUCACGUUACGAGACGCAAGCACGGAGAGAGUUCCUGGACACACCUGUUGACCCAAUGGAGAUGAUAUUGUUAUUGCUGUCGAAAGAUCGUGGAUCCAUGCAUCGGAAAGCACUUCUGGAUGAAGCGGCCACGAUUGUCGAUCUCGUUUACAACAUGACAUUUAUAUAUGAAAGCCGAAGUCUCACGUAUGAAAAGAUGUGCUCGCCAUACUGCUUUAGUAGAAACCUCUUCAAUGGUUUUAAGCAUUACUACGACGUUAACCACAGAUCAGCCACGAAGUACGGUACAUGGAGCGAUUUAUACAACUUAUCGUACCCAUUCGCUUCCAUAUGGGGUGUUCGUCUUCCCCUCGAGCAGUUAAUGUUUGGUGUGGUGCUAAAACGACCAAAUAUUUCCGAUGUACCAGUUGAACCUAAAAAGGUGAAGCGAUUUUUUGACUUUGGUAACGAUAUACCGGUAGAUCGCACAAAACCGUUGGAAUCCCAAAUCACGAACAUGGAACAUGUCGAGCUGCUCGUUCUCUACCUCUAUGGUUUCAAAAAUACGACCGAAAUUGAGAGAGGCUUCACAAUUUGGGAGUUGGGAAUACAUGAUUGGACAAAGAGGGGUGAAUUUUAUUUCAAAGAGGUUUCAGGAGUUGAUGCUUUGUUCUUGAUGAUGUUUUCGUGGCAGAAAAUGAUCGAAUUCGACUAUACACCAUCAGGAAGGCUUGGAAUGGUUUUCGAAGAGUGCGGUCCGAGUAUAACAAUUACAUCUGUAACAAAUAUGCUAGCGUUCAGCAUUGGAGCUAUUACUCCAACGCCAGAAGUUCGCAUAUUCUGCAUGGGAUCAGGAAUAGCGAUGUUAAUGACGUAUGUUUAUCAGUUGAUCUUAUUCGGCCCAGUUCUCGCAAUCGCAACAAGCUACGAAAGCAAACUUGAAGACGAGGAACAAGCAACUUCAGGCUUCAGGGCACUGAUUAAUCUGACCUUCAUGACAUUACUUCGCGCCCACUGCGCGUUUAUCGGUCGCACUGAAGUAGCUGCUAUCGUUUUCGUAUUGACCAUCAUCUAUUUGGGUUUCUCAAUACAAGGUGUGGUCACAAUGAAGACCAGGCUGGAUUCGGCGAAAAUUCUGCCUUUGGAGUCUGAACUGCGCAGACCGAACUCGCUACUUAUGGAUUACGUAUGGAAGGAACAUCUAUCGCCUACUUUCCUUGUCAAUAAUCGCUUCAAUCUGACGGACACCAAUUUGACAAGGCAAUUCUGGGAUGUGCUACGCGAACUCGAAAGCCUGUCUCUUUGCAAAGGUACGACGAUGAAGGUUACACCAGGCCGAAAGUUAUCGGGAUCCACCCCUCUCGAAUGCUAA